CUACUAUAAAUGAAAAGGACUCUCCUUUUCACUGAAGAUCUGAUAUUUUCAAAGGGUCUAAUAGGUCUCAGAAUCACUAACAGUAGAAAAUGUUUUGUGAUGAAGAUGGAUAAACUCAACAUACCAAGCUUGGAUGAAAUUUCCAGAGAUCUCCCACAUUUUAACGCCAAACAGGUCUCUGGAGACAAAAUGUCUUACAACUUCACAGAGGCAGAACCGGCUGACCGCACUACACUAGGAACAACUCUGAAUAUUCUCUGCAGCGACAUCCCCAUCUACUGGGCUCUGCCUCGCAAGAUCCAAGGAAACCGCAGCAGUUCUGCUCCUCUUGGCUCCCCAUGGUGUUUCUUUGGCUCUUUGUGUUUGUGCUUUUGAUCUGAAAUCUCAAGUUACUGUGUGAAUUAUGCCUACUCGUCGGGACAGACCGCAGAGUCUUGGAUGAGGCAAGCAUCAGAAUAAAACCAAUUUUUAGAACUUUUUGUACUGGGUUUAUACAUCAGAUCCCCCAUGUGUUUCAGAAAACCCUUCACAACUGGACAAUGCCAUCCUGCAAUACGUAGAUCAGAUACUGCUUCCAAAACUUUGACACAAACAUUUUGGAGACCGUAGGAAAUAAGAUUACUGCAAAAUAGGGAAAAACAAAUCCAGUAUGGGAGGGAAUAAGCAGGAAAUCAACACUCUCUAGAGAGGAAUGCCCCAUAGCCUUCAUCACCAGUUUCUAUAAAAGUUGCUCUGACAUCUGACAUCAAACCAUACAAGAAAAAUUCACCAACGUUUUUGAGAGAUUAAACAAAGCAAAAAACUACUUCUGUCCCCAAGAAACAUAGCGAAGCUCAUUAAGGCUCAGAAUCAUAACUAUCCCCAGACGAGGAAGACUUUCAGUUUUCUGCAGACCAAUAUCCAUCAUUAACAAUCUGAAGACAGCACUAUUUGUCUAAUGCAGGAGAAACUAUCUCCAGUAUUGCAAACUCCACCCAUUAUAGAUUUUGGCAUCUGAAGGACAAGCUCUCACUCCUUCAGAGAAGCUCCUUCAUUCUUAUGAUUUUCAGGACUGUC